GGAUGUUGCAGUACGGCACGGCAGGCGGAAAGGUGUUGAAGGCGUCUUGAACUUUCUCCAAGACUUGUUGCUUGGUUUUUUUACCGGGAUAAUUGUGUUUCUACUACAUGGAGGCUUGCAUUGCUCUUGUUGGAGCUGUUAUAUUUCUUGCUUUUCUCCUAUUCCAACUACGACAUUCGACGGACGAAGCACGCUUGCCGGGACCCCUGGCGAGGGGGGCGGUGUCAAGGCAUGAAGCAGGAGGACCACUGGCAUUUCUUUUUUUCUUUGUAACGAAGCAUUUGCGGCGGAUAUGUAGCCGCUGGGGUUACCUUAUCAAUGAAUGGCUAAGCGGGAGGAGGGGCUAUUUUUGAGGGUGGACAUGGAUGCGAGCAGAUGUAAUUAGACAACGGACGCUGAUAGUUUCUAUACCCUCGCAAGAUGUCAUAUUGUACA